UAAAAUCUUGUCAGUGAAAUCGGGAGGUGGAAGCCGGCUCCCGUAGCAGUCUGAUCUGAUCUGCUGUCAUUUCCAACAGGACAUCACUCCGCCUCCUCAACUCGUAUUUAAUUGUGUAUUCGAUCGUUCAUUUAAAAGUCGGUGUCUGCAUUCAAAGCUCCAGGAUGUCCCAGAAGAUCAAGGCCGGCUCCGUGGUGGAGAUGCAGGGAGAUGAGAUGACCCGGGUGAUCUGGGAGCUCAUUAAGGAGAAGCUCAUCUUCCCCUACCUGGAGCUUGACCUGCACAGCUACGACCUCGGCAUGGAGAGCCGAGACGCCACCGACGACCGGGUGACGGUGGAGGCGGCGGAGGCGGUGCGGCGCUUCAACGUGGGCAUCAAGUGCGCCACCAUAACACCGGACGAGAAGCGCGUGGAGGAGUUCAAGCUGAAGCAGAUGUGGCGCUCGCCCAACGGGACCAUCCGCAACAUCCUGGGGGGCACGGUGUUCAGGGAGGCCAUCAUCUGCAAGAACAUCCCCCGCCUGUACAAAGCCACCGACUUUGUGGUGCCCGGACCCGGAAGAGUGGAGAUGAUUUACACGCCUAAAAACGGAGAGCCAGUCAAAUAUGUCGUCCAUGACUUUGAGGGCACAGGGGGUGUAGCCUUGGGAAUGUACAACACAGACAGUUCCAUCAGGGACUUUGCUCACAGCUCAUUUCAGAUGGCUCUGACCAAAGUCUGGCCCCUGUACCUCAGCACCAAGAACACCAUCCUGAAGAAGUACGACGGUCGCUUCAAAGACAUCUUCCAGGAAAUCUACGAGAAAGAAUAUCGCGCUCAGUUUGAGGCCAAAGGCAUCUGGUAUGAACACCGUCUGAUAGACGACAUGGUGGCUCAGGCCAUGAAAUCUGACGGAGGCUUCAUCUGGGCCUGUAAGAACUAUGACGGGGACGUGCAGUCUGACUCUGUAGCGCAAGGCUACGGCUCCCUGGGUAUGAUGACCAGUGUCCUGAUCUGUCCCGAUGGACGCACAGUGGAGUCGGAGGCCGCCCACGGAACAGUGACCCGCCACUACAGACAACACCAGCAGGGCAAAGAAACCUCCACCAACCCCAUCGCCUCCAUCUUUGCAUGGACUCGUGGUUUGCUCCACCGGGCCAAGCUGGACAACAACCAAGACCUGCGGGUCUUCUCUGAGGCCCUGGAGGCCGUGUGCAUCGAGACCAUCGAAGCUGGUUUCAUGACCAAGGAUUUGGCAAUCUGCAUCAAAGGCCUGCCAAACGUGAAACGUGCCGACUACCUGAACACCUUCGAGUUCCUCGACAAGUUAGCAGAGAACCUGAAGAUAAAGCUCAGCAGCCCGCCCAAGCUGUGAUAUCCCACCCCAUCUGCGACACACACACAGAGACACACACAGCCAAUAAACACGCCCGUCCAUGCACACAGAGACACUUAUACAAAAGCAGGGAGCAACAGGCCGACCAAGGAGGGCAAUUGGUCCACAAGAAAGGAGCCUUGGAGCCAUCAUUCUUUCUGAAAAAGCCAUUCUUGUAACGGCUAAACAUCCCGAGGCAGACGGACACCGGGCGCUGACCGGACGGCUCGGUGCCCCUUCUUUUGCCCCGAUUGCACGAGCUCCCCUGACACGAGGGGUCAGCAUUUGUUGGUGAUCUGUACCGGACGGGCCGAGGAAGCCUCGAAACGUCAAUGCCUUAUUUGUUUUGUGUCAAAGUUGCGGGCCGGUGGUGGGCCUCUCCUCCAAUACCUCAGGCAGCAGUACAUGUUUGAGCGCAGUGAGUCCGUGUGUCCAAAGUGUAACCCCCCCUCAGCUCAGCAGCUGACCGACCACAUUCCAUGACCAUUAACUCUUUUUACUACUAAUCUGUGGACUGUAACACAAGUGGUGAAUCUCCUCACACAACUUGUAAUCACACUACUUGUCAACAAUAAACAGUUUCUUUAGUGGCGAAAAGAUAAACCAGUUGUUUUUUUUUUCUUUUACUGAAUUAACUUGAGCCUGUGCAUCAGCACUGAAAAAGAAUGAAAAUGAACCUGCCUUCAACAAGCCUACUAAAAUAAAAUCUAAAAAAGAAAGUUGUUUAUCUGUUUUAUUUUUUUCUUUCAGUGAAGAAGACCAGCACCUUAAAGCAUAUCCAAAGUUAUGGCAGGUGUGUUAUGAGACAAUAAGUUGUUUAAAACAUACAAAAGGUUGGCC